UGUAAAAGGAAGGGGAAAGGAGAUGCGUAUAAAAGGAGCGCAGCUGAGAGAAGGAGGCCGACGACCAAUCAAAGCAUUGUCCAAAGCCGAAGGAGUUACGAGAAUUCUUAACUUUCAAUGCCAAUGUCAUUCCCACACACGAUUUUUAUAUUUUUGGUUUCCACCGACUCAUAACUUUCCUUUCUCUCUCUGCCUUUUACAACCCAGGAAACAAAAACACCAAACACCAGCUCUAUCACCUUGGCUUGCAAGAUUCUCUCUGCUAAAUUUAUACGGACAGCUAUCUAUAUGAUUGCGUCCAAAGUUGUCAAAUUUUCUGCAAAAGAGUUGGCAAACAAAAGUUGGAGAAUAUGCAUACAUUGAAAGAGAAACUCUCAAACCAGCUGUCUCGUUUCUUUGUUGAAUCGCAAAAACCUCCUCCCUCUCCUCCUCAUCCAUCUUCAUCACCCGAUAAUUUUCAGGCCAGGCAGUUUUCUAAUAGGGGGAAAUCAUUUUCUUCAUAUUUUCCCUUCACUGCCCCGUUCUUCAACUUUGGAGGGUCUAGAUCAAACAAGUACCAGUUUGAAUUAGAGCCAAUUCGAUCACCGCAGAGGCGGGGCAGUAAAGAUUUAAACCAGCAAGAUGAACACUCAGUUAGAUAUCAUGAUUGCAACAUACUAAAUUCUCGUGAAGACAGCAAAGAAAGCAUUACAGUUUUUGUGAACAAACAAACAGAUAAAAUCCAUGACAGCAAUGAAGACAAUGCAUCUGGAGGGAGCAGUAGUGAUAGUGAUGUAUUUGAGGAAGCACAAGAGCAGCAGACUCCAAAGAGCUCAAUACCCCAUCUCAUUAAUGAAUCAUCUCUUAUUUCCUCAGAAUUAUAUGAGUUCUUGCAUUCAUCCCUUCCUAAUAUAGUGAAGGGAUGCCAAUGGGUUUUGUUGUAUAGUACCUUAAAGCAUGGCAUAUCACUGCGGACUCUCAUUCGAAAGAGUGCAGAUCUUUCUGGUCCUUGUUUGCUGAUUGUUGGUGAUAGACAAGGUGCUGUAUUUGGUGGUCUGCUAGACUGUCCAUUGAAACCUACACCCAAGAGAAAAUAUCAGGGGACAAACCAGUCAUUUGUAUUUACAACUAUAUAUGGUGAACCAAGGCUAUUUAGACCAACUGGUGCCAACCGAUAUUAUUACAUCUGUUUGAAUGACUUACUAGCACUUGGUGGUGGUGGCAAUUUUGCUUUGUGCUUGGAUGGAGACCUGCUAAAUGGAACUAGUGGACCUUGUGAAACAUUUGGGAACUUAUGCCUGGCCCACCAACCAGAGUUUGUAUUGAAAAAUGUUGAGCUUUGGGGCUUUACACAUUCAUCCAAAUACCUUUCCUGACACAAAGGAGAUGAAACAUGCCAUUUUACCUUCUUAAUAUUUGUGACUUUAUUCUUACAAUUAUGGAGUGUGCUUUGCGUUGGGCUUCUUUUUCAGUAAAUACUAGGUUGGAUUCAUAAUGCCACAGAGAUCAACUUGUGCAGCAGAAUUCAUUAAUCACUACAAAGGAGCAUUUGGUCCUUGGAAUGGAUAUUACUUUCAAUACCAUAUUGAACUGGCAUGUAAUUAAGGUUUGGCUUUAGGGCGAGAAUUGUACAAAUUAUUAUUGUUAGUUCAAGUGGCUCGUUGCAUUCACUUAUUUCGUUA